GGGGCUAAGGGGUGCAUUGAGUGACCAUUAGGAGGUUCAAAGCAAACCAUUAAGGGCAUGCUCUCCCUGAGGCAAGGGAGAGAAUCCUGUUCCUCACAGCUCUGUCCUCAAAAGUUCUGCAAGAAAUAGCCCUUACCUGGCCACACCUGCUGGCUCUGGUAGACAUCCCUCAGGAGGCAGAAGAUUCCGGCCUCUGCUGAUCUUCUUUCUACACCUCACAAGGCAAGAGUUGGACCAUCAUGAAACUUAUUAUCUAUUUUAUCAUCUUAGCUGGAACGGCUUUAUUCACUCACUCAUCUGUGCAGAAAGAGGACCAUGCUCCUUACUUAGCAUACCUCAAGUCUAACUUCAACCCCUGUGUGGGUGUCCUCAUCAAGGCCAGCUGGGUGCUGGCCCCAUCUCACUGCUAUUUACCAAAUCUGAGGGUGAUGUUGGGAAAUUUCAAGAGCAGAGUCAGAGAUGGGACAGAGCAGACAAUUUAUCCCAUCCAGAUCAUCCGCUACUGGAACUACAGCCACACAGCCCCACAGGAUGACCUCAUGCUUAUUAAACUAGCUAAGCCUGCCACCUUCAACCAAAAAGUCCAGGUUCUUCCCAUAGCCACCACCAACGUGCGGCCAGGCACUGUCUGUACACUUUCAGGUUUGGACUGGAGUCAAGAAAACAAUGGCAGGCACCCUGACUUACGGCAGAAUCUGGAGGCUCCGGUGAUGACCAACAAAGAUUGCCAGAAAACUCAACAAGGAAGCAGCCACAGAAACUCCUUAUGUGUCAAAUUUGUGAAAGUAUUCAGCCGAAUUUUUGGGGAGGUUGCUGUAGCUACUGUCAUUUGUAAAAACAAGCUCCAGGGAAUUGAAGUUGGACACUUCAUGGGAGGGGACGUUGGCAUCUACACCAAUAUUUAUUCAUAUGUACCAUGGAUUGAGAAAAACACUAAGGAGAAGAUGAAAUGAUGCCGUGCUUUUCCCUCCACAUCUCAUCUUCUCUGCCAUUGACUAAAAGAGCUUACAUGUUCCAUAAAUUCAAAUAAACUCUCCAAACAAAAAGUUUGGAAUGCAGCA